UCGGUGCAAAUUGAAGACGCGGUGUCAUACGAUUAAGUGUACCUGGCAUAUGACAAAAUGUCCAUGUUGAAGGGAAAAUACGCUUUGGUCACUGGUGGCGCUCAAGGAAUCGGCUUCGCUUGUAUUAAGGAACUUCUUAUCAACGGAAUUGAGGGCGUGACAUUGGCGGAUAUUAACGAGGUUAGAGGAGAGGAAUCUACUGCGCUACUUAAAAGGGAGUUUGGAGCGGAAAAGGUUAUCUUCGUAGCUGCCGACGUUUCCAAAAAGGAUCAAGUUGAAGUUCUUCAGGUUAAGUUGGAAUCAAUAGCAUUUCUAAUUCAAGACUCGCCAAACCUAGAUAAGUGUAGCAAAAUGCUUUAGGUGCGUUCAAAAAAUCAAUCGAGCAUUGGAAACACCUCGACAUAUUGAUCAACAAUGCG